AUGGUUGUUGGUGAAUCUGGUCUUGGAAAAACAACUUUCAUCAAUACACUUUUCACUACCACCAUCAAAGAAAAAAAGAACCAAGCAAGACGCCAUGCUAAACAGACAGAUAAAACAGUAGAAAUUGAGAUAACAAAAGCUGAACUCGAAGAAAAAAUGUUCAAUGUCAAACUUACAGUAAUCGAUACUCCCGGAUUUGGAGAUUAUGUAAAUAAUCGUGAUAGUUGGUUACCUAUUGUAGAGUUUAUUGAUGAUCAACACGAAUCAUAUAUGCGUCAAGAACAACAACCACAUCGCAAAGAAAAACUAGACAUGCGUGUUCAUUCUUGUCUUUAUUUUAUUCGUCCUACCGGCCAUACUUUAAAGCCUUUGGACAUCGAAAUCAUGAAACGUUUAGGAUCUCGUGUUAAUCUUAUCCCUGUUAUUGCUAAAGCUGAUACUCUUACACCAAAUGAUUUGGAUACAUUCAAAAGAAAAAUAAGAGAAGUUAUUGCAACACAAAAUAUUCAAGUUUAUCAAUGUCCAGUUGAAAGUGACGACGAGACAAAUACUAAACGCAACAUGAACAUUAUGGCUUCCAUGCCAUUUGCAAUCAUCGGUAGUGACCAAGAUGUUACUACACUUGAUGGUCGUAAAGUAAAAGGUAGACAAUAUAGCUGGGGUGUUGCAGAAGUUGAAAACGAAGAUCAUUGUGACUUUAAAAAACUUCGUGCACUUCUUAUUAGAACACAUAUGUUAGACUUGGUUUCCACAACUGAAGAGAUACACUAUGAAAAUUAUCGUCAGUCACAAAUGGAAACCAGAAAAUUUGGUGAACCCAAACCCAAAAAACUUGAUAAUCCCAAAUUUAAAGAAGAAGAAGAAAUGCUUCGUAGAAGAUUCACCGAACAAUUAAUCGCAGAACGUGACCGACUCAAUAAAGAUUUGGAAGCCGAACAUUCUCAAAUCAAAGCUUUAGAAGCUGAACUUGAACAAAUCCAAACAACCUUAUCCAGCAAGGGCAGAAGAUAA